ACCCGGUUCCUUUUGGGUUAGUAGGCUAGUCCAUGCAGACAACUGGAAAAAUCCCAUGCAGGCUCUGAGGACACACUUCUCUCCGUCACGUGUAGCAGCUCUUUGUAAAGGUUAACGCGGCUGUGCAGUCCUCCAGGGUUAACCCUUUAGUGCGCCGGUGCCGUCUGAAGGAGCAACACACACACACAAAAAAACCGACGCGGAUCCGGAGCGCAACGAUCGGCCGGAUACAUGUGGACAUUCGGCUUCGCUUCUUUUGUUUACAGCCCCCGAUGGGAGCCGGCGAGCCUUUAGCCCCCUGGUUUUAGGAGGAAUGGGUGAAGUUCACGGGCUGCGAGCCUUUCAUCUUGCAGUCAGCUGCAGAGAAGACAGACAGACGGAGAGAGAGCGAGCGAGGCUCCCCAAGAGACUGACACGCUGAGGUAGACGGGCCGACCUACAUCCUGCUGUUUGUGUGGAGAUCUGGGACACUUCUCCGCCGGCUUAGCACAGAGUGCUGUUCUCAUGCUAAAUCUUUAACAACCAACAAAAGCAAGAGUGAAGGAAAAAAAACAGGAAAUCGGAGGACUGACCUGAAGAGUCCUGACUCUGAACUGAAAACCCUUCCAGUGGAUAAAUGACGGUUGCUAAUGUUGAGCUCCAGUUGUUCUUUAUCUUUUUGGCUAAUUUGGACACAUGAGUCCUUUCCUGGCAUAACUACAGCAAACCUGCAAUAAAUAGACUGAGAACUCUGGGAGACAAGGUGUUGUCAUCACCACCCCUACCUCCCCUCGACGUCUAACCUACUUUUUUACUCAGUCAUCCCAGCAACAUUUCAAACUGGCUGCCACUAGACAAGAAUGGAAAAUCUGACAUCAGCUCUCAAAUUAAACAAAAACUCAGGGAAUAACCUAAACUGCCUUGACAACUUCAACGGUUAUGAGGAGUCUCUUCCUCCUAUCCAAGGGACUCCAACUCGCCUAGGGCGUCUUAUCAAACCCAAACCCAACAUGACCUGCAGGCGAAAGCGCGAAUUCAUAUCUGACGAGAAGAAGGACGCCUCCUACUGGGAGAAACGUCGCAAGAACAACGAGGCUGCCAAGCGCUCCCGGGAGAAGCGACGUCUCAAUGACAUGGUUUUGGAGAACCGCGUCAUUGCACUGAAUGAUGAGAAUGUGAGGCUUAAGACGGAGCUGCUCCAGCUGAAGCUGCGGUUUGGCCUUAUAAGCACUGCCUCCUACAUUGAAAAGAGCCAGCAAAUUGGUGGGAGCAGCAACACAAGUAGUGGAGGCACGUCCUCGUCGUCCUCUAAUCAGUACUACUCCAGUGGUUACUCUAGUGGUUCUCAGGUGAUGAUGAACUCUGAUUCCUCUGAAACAGAGCAAUCAGGACGCAGCGAGAGCCACCGGCAGCUGGUGAAAUACUCCCCACGUGGCUCCCUCUCUGACAUGUCCGAUGGUUCCUCCAGGGACAGCCCAGAGCCGAUGCCCUUUGAGAUCAAACAGGAAGGUGACAGGCUGGAGAUGGACAUCGCCAAUGGCACCACCACCCAGAUUAUGUUUAACAUCCACCGUGGGCUGGCCUCUGUCCCCACACAUCACCAGAUCCAGCAGCAUUCUCAGGAGCUUGAGGCUGCAUAUCACAGCCAACAGCAGCAGCAGCAGCAGCAGCAGCACCACAUUCACCAACAACCCCAUCAGGAGCCUGUUACCUCUAUCAACACUGUCAGCCAGGCUGCCCCUCACCCACCUGCUGCCCAGAGGAGCGUCAUUCUGUAUGGCGCCAGCAGUGCCUCUUAUCCUGUGGACACCCUGACCAGGCCCCAGGACGUCGAUCUGCAGGCAGCGCAGAAGCAGAGCAGCGGCAGCAGCCAGAUGUGUGCUAGCCAGCUGCCCCAGUCCAUUGCAGAGAGCUCCACAGAGACACUGGCUGAGGUGACGAAGGAGCUGGAGAGGAAGACGUUAGACUCCCCUUCGUACGAGCUCUCCGACAGCCGUAAUGAGGCUCGAGGCAGACAGGUGUACAGAGUUUGCCAACUUCCCCAGCAGCAACUGCAGCAGGAGCAGCACCAGCAGGAGGGCGAUUCAUCUGCAGAGCUCCUCCACAAACAAGUGGAGGGGGUCAACCACCUGUACCACCACCUCCAGCAGCCUCAUCAUUCAUACCUCAGUGCACAAGAUGAGGAGCCGCCUGUGCUGACUUACGAGGGCAGGCCCAGCGGCGAGGCUUAUUACCAAGGCCACACGACCUCCUCGAACAAGGACACCACAUCCAGCGAAGAUCCCUCCAGCCCCGACAAAGAGGCUUCCACGGAUGAUGAAGAGUCCCCCUCUUCAUCCUGCUCAGACACGAGCAGCUUCCAUCACCGACACCUUACCAGCGUCCACCAGCCUGCUUCGCCUCAGCCCUCGUCCCAGGGCUGCUCUCAGGCCCAGGGCUGGGAUCCUCAGGGGGAGGUGAGGGGAACAGCGUUGCCCCACAAACUAAGACUCAAGCACCGGGCCAUGAGCACCGGCAGCAGCGGCGGCGGUGGCGGCAACUGCUCCGGCCAGGAGUCCCCAACCACUCCUCCCUCUGCCACGCCGCCUCCCCUCCCCCAGCAUCCCUACUUGUCGCUCACGCCACCACAGAACAUUAAGCGAGAGGGCGCGAGCGGACUUUGUAAACAGGUGGCGUCAGGGGAGGGGGUCCGGAAGGAGAGCGGCAAAAAGGAGACAGGUGGACGACGAAACAAGAGGAGAGAUUAGGUGACCGGCCACUUUUAGGACUUGUCACAACUUAUCUAAGAGAGACAGUUUCUCCUCUAAGAACUACCCUGCCAUCAUGCCUUUGCCCUAUAAUCAAAUCCCCUCCUUAAGCCCUUGGGACAAGAAACUGGGCUUUUCUACUCCCCUACCCCCCAGUGUCACCAAAAAGGCUGGACAUGUUGUAGGGCUGUAUCAUAUGUGUAUAUAUUGUACAGAUUUGUCAUUUCUUACAUCCUCUCCAUACUUACAGAAGCACUUUUGUUUAUGUGAUGAGAGGAGGAAUGGAACUGCCGGCUUUUCUACUUUUGUCAUCCAACAACAUACAGCAGAGUACAUCGACGAAAGCACAUUUUGAUAACAUGCAAAAAGGAAUGUAGAAAAAAAUACGAAUUUCAAGCUUUAUCAGUACUAUAAAUUUGGUACAUAUCCGACUGUAGACAAACAUACACAUGUAUGGCUCUCUGCCUUAAUUAAAAUCAAAUGCAAACAUACACUGGGGACAUUCCCUCGACCAAAGAAGCACCAACACUACAAAUAUGAAGUUCCAUACCUCUUCCCAGACCCUACCUCUACCAACCCAUGCUCUCCCCAACCAUCUCCAUUAUUUCACAAAAGAUCGCCAUCGCCUUUAUUUUUUAAGCACUUAAUUUGUAUAUUACUGUGAUAUAUGAAUAUAUGUAUCUAUUAUAAACAUAUAUUUUAGAAAGAAAUUUGAAUACCAAUUCAACAAAAAAAAAAAAUGCGACAAACCUGCAAGAGGACUCGGAAAGUGACCAUCUUAUUACAAAUUACUGUACAGCCACAUUGUCUACUGUUGCUACAGGACCCUUGCAAAUUAAAACACCUCUUUCUUGAUUGUUAAGCUUUAGCAUUAAUCAUUAGUUAAUGCCCUGUUUACACAGAAAUGGCCGUCCAGUUUGGAGCGCCAACAGCACUGAAUGGAGAACAAGUUGUUUCCUGAGGCUACGGCCUCAUUAAAAUGUUUGGAUUUAUUAACCUUUAACCAGCCUUUAAAUAUUUGGUGGACUACACCAGCUGCAGGCUAUAAGCCUUUAGUUUAUUUGAGCUUUAUCAACCAUAUCUUGUUGUUGUUACCAUUCACUGGCCCAAUGUAUUUAUUUCCCUCCUCUCCACAUGCCCAUCACUGUAGAAAAGCCCACAGGGACAUAGACGGAGAAUGUGUACAGACCUUUCUAGAUGCAUACUGCAGCCUUCAGUUAGAACUCUUAAUGCAGGCAUUGGGAUGCUCGGGGCGAAAGCAGGAGGAAUGAAGUCACAUUUAUGUAAACACACUACAGUGCACUGAACAACUUCCUCUUGUGUAAAGACCUAAGAACAGAGCCCUCCACAGCUACUGUUAACGAUUAUCGUCAUGAAUCGUGGUUUUGUAGUGUGACCAAACAUGGCCCUUAAGGCUCAUUUUUAGAUCCCUGAUGCGAUGCCAAAUUUUCCUCAAACCCUCCUCCAGUUGGGAGUCUUGAGUUAAAAAUCCUGAGCUCGAGCUAAUAUUAAUCAAGAGAGGGCCUUCCCUUGCUUCCCAUGUGCCUCCAUUUAUCAUUUCAGGGGUUUUUCAUCCCUUUCUCAUCGUAGUUCUGCUACUGGGCAGUGAUGAAUUGCCUUCACUGGAUCCAAGUUUAACAAAAGUCUAUGUACCACGUUUGGCUUUUUGGUGCUUGUGUAUAAAUGUAAAGUUCCCCCCCACCCCCCACCCCACCCUCGAACAACACUGUAAUGUUUGUUUCAUUGCUUUUAUAUCCUCUUUUUAGUCAAGGUGACGUUCUGUUUUCCUCUAUACUGUGUCUUUGCUCCUACUGACUGUGAUGACAUGUAUUUGCCUCAUUCCUCCUCCCCCCCUCCCCUCUUUUUCAGUGUGUAUUAAUCAGUAAUGUUUGUGGUUUUGCUGAUGGUUUUAUGAAAAAGACAAGGAUUUGAGAAAAAAAAAAAAAAGAUGAAUAAAUAAGAGGCGAGGAUAGUGUGGUGUUUAGAGAUGGGUGGUGGUUGGUCUGGUUGGUCAUUACCAUCGCUUCCUUUUGACAUGAAUAUGUAUGUAAAGACACUAAUGUUCAUUGUGGAAGAUGGGAGCAUUUCAAGAAAAAUCAAAUAAAAAUAAUGUUGACAUUUCAACAUGGAAAGAAA